CGACUUUUGAACAAACGGAAAGUGCCGAUUCAUUUUCAACAUGGCGACGCUGGAAGAUAAAGCUAUUUGGGAUGAUGGAGAGGAAUCACUUGGGGAGGAAGUAUUGCGCAUGUCAACUGAUGAAAUUGUUAGCAGAACAAGACUCUUGGAUAAUGAGAUUAAGAUUAUGAAAUCUGAAAUCAUGCGGAUCUCUCAUGAGCUUCAGGCUCAAAAGGAGAAGAUCAAGGAAAACAAUGAGAAGAUUAAAGUCAACAAAACACUUCCCUAUCUUGUCUCAAAUGUCAUUGAGCUACUGGACAUGGACCCUCAUGACCAGGAGGAGGAGGAUGGGGCUAACAUUGACCUGGACUCACAACGCAAGGGCAAGUGUGCUGUCAUCAAGACAUCAACCAGACAGACCUACUUCCUACCUGUUAUUGGCCUUGUAGAUGCAGAGAAACUCAAGCCAGCUGAUCUUGUGGGAGUAAACAAGGACUCCUAUCUUAUUUUGGAGACCCUUCCUCAAGAGUAUGACUCCCGAGUGAAGGCCAUGGAAGUGGAUGAGCGACCCACUGAGCAGUACAGUGACAUUGGAGGAUUGGACAAACAGAUUCAAGAGUUGAUUGAAGCUGUUGUGCUGCCAAUGACCCACAAAGAUAGGUUUGAAGCACUUGGAAUACAGCCACCAAAGGGUGUACUGUUGUAUGGGCCUCCUGGCACUGGGAAGACUCUGUUGGCCAGAGCCUGUGCUGCACAGACCAAGUCCACAUUCCUCAAGCUUGCUGGCCCACAGCUUGUACAGAUGUUCAUUGGAGAUGGCGCUAAGCUGGUCAGGGAUGCAUUUGCUCUGGCAAAAGAGAAGGCACCAGCUAUCAUCUUUAUCGAUGAAUUAGAUGCUAUUGGUACAAAGCGUUUUGACAGUGAGAAGGCUGGUGACAGAGAGGUUCAGAGAACCAUGUUGGAGCUACUCAAUCAGAUGGAUGGCUUUAUGCCUACCAUGCAAGUCAAGGUUAUCGCCGCCACAAAUCGUGUAGACAUCCUUGAUCCUGCUCUGCUGCGAUCUGGCCGUCUGGACAGGAAAAUUGAGUUCCCACACCCCAAUGAAGAGGCUAGGGCCAGAAUCCUGCAAAUCCACUCCAGGAAGAUGAAUGUUAGCAAGGAUGUCAAUUAUGAAGAGCUAUCCCGGUGUACAGAUGACUUCAAUGGUGCCCAGCUGAAAGCAGUCUGUGUGGAGGCGGGUAUGAUUGCUUUGCGUCGUGAAGCGGUUGAGUUGAGCCAUGAGGACUACAUGGAUGCUAUCAUUGAGGUGCAAGCCAAGAAGAAGGCCAACCUGCAGUACUAUGCUUAGAUGGGAAUCACAUCAGCCAUAGAGAAAUGAAACAUGUUAUGUAACAAUCAGGCCAGAAUAAAACCAUAUCUCCGUCUCCAUUUCAGGCUAUGUUAAAAUGUAAUUUUCUACUUGUUCUCUAUGCAGGGUUUAAUGUAUCAGAACAAAUUUUGAAUGUAAUAACAUAUCCUGUGAUUUCACAACAAAUGGAAAUGAAAUCUGGUUAUCCUGCCCUGCAGUUUAUGGACAUUUUGUAAUCCAUCAUUAUAUGAAAGGUACCCUGAGUAAAGAGAGUAAUGCUUUCAGCUGAUCUAUAAGAUAGUUCUGGUAUUGUCACAGAAGUUACGGUUUUGUUGUUGGCUGCUGACUUACGACAGUAUAUUAGUUGUUAGGUUGUCACCACAAAUUCAAAGUUUGCAAAUUAAGGAGUUUAGUUUGCACAAAUAAUUGUUAAAUAAGGUUGAUGCAUGACAUGUUCUCUUAUCACAUUGAAGAUGACAGAACUUUAGAUUUGGAGGAAAGUUUACUCGUUUUGAAAUACAUCCACACUGAUAGUUGUGUCAGUGCAGUAUAUGUUGGGCAUGGAGGCUGCCUUUAAUGGCAACAUUCGACAUAGUUGUGUUACUAAAUAUAUCAUCCAUGGGUUCUCUUACUGCAAUUUCAUGAAACAGUAUCAGUUGAUAAUAUAUGAUGAAGCACAAAGUGCUGUUGAAGGUAUUGGUCUUUCCAAGCUGUGAGAGAAGGGUGUACAUGAUGACUGUUGAUGUUGUGUAUUUUCAGUCAUUACAAUAAAAGCUGAAUCAAUCC